UGAUGACGCCAUCAGUGGGAGCCUUGAGGUUUGAAUCUGUUGGGGCUUUGGAUCAGCAGUGAAAUUGCAGUGAAGAGGAGCUGAGUAGAACGCUACCGGUAUGAAUGCGCCACCGGCCUUCGAAUCCUUUCUUCUGUUUGAAGGAGAGAAGAAGAUAACAAUUACAAAGGACACUAAAGUACCAAAUGCAUGUUUAUUUACCAUUAACAAAGAAGAUCACACUAUUGGAAACAUCAUUAAAUCGCAACUGCUGAAGGAUCCUCAGGUGUUGUUUGCUGGUUACAAAGUUCCGCAUCCCCUGGAGCAUAAAAUUAUUAUUAGAGUUCAGACAACCCCAGACUAUAGUCCUCAAGAGGCCUUUACCAAUGCAAUCACUGACUUAAUAAGUGAAUUGUCCCUUCUCGAGGAAAGAUUUAGGGUUGCCAUCAAAGAUAAACAAGAGGGAAUUGAAUGAGUGCUUCUGUGGUCAAUGUGUAUUUUUUUGUAGGGAAAGUAUUGUCAAAGUUGAAAACAGUCCUUUGUAUGCUAUAUAUGAUUACUGUAUUUUUUUAAAAUAAAGUAGCCAUGUACUGGUUUAAA